AUGGCUUUUGUACUACCAUAUCCUUUAUACCUUCUUCUUCUUCUUCUUCUUCUUCUUCUUCUUCUUCAGCUACUCCCAUUUUCUGCAGUUGCUCAAACUUACAAAAACAUAUCCUUGGGCUCUUCCCUCACUGCACUUGACAAUAACUCUUUCUGGGCUUCGCCAUCUGGGGAAUUCGCCUUUGGUUUCCAAGAAGUUGGCAGUAAUGGCUUCUUACUAGCCAUUUGGUUUAACAAAAUAGCUGAAAGGACUAUUGUAUGGUCAGCCAAUGCCAACAAUCUACUGCAGAAGGGAUCAAAAGUGGUACUCAAUGCAGAUGGCCAGCUUUUACUCAAUGAUGCUGCGACAAGCAAACAAUUACUGCUUGCUGAUUCAGCUGGGAUGGAAGUAGCCUAUGCAGCCAUGCUCGACACAGGAAAUUUUGUGUUGGCUAAUCGAAAUUCCAGGUAUUUGUGGGAGAGUUUUACUCGGCCAACAAAUACACUUCUACCCACACAGACUUUAAAUCAAGGCACCAUUCUCUUUGCUCCCACAACAGCAACAAAUUACUCCAAAGGAAGAUUCAUGUUUACACUACAAGCUGAUGGAAACCUCUUGCUUUACACAACACAUUACCCAUGGGAUUCUGCUAAUUUUGCUUAUUGGUCAUCACAAACUGAGGGGAUCGGAUAUCAAGUCAUCUUCAACCAGACUGGAGCUAUUUACCUUGCUAGCAAGAACGGAAGCAUACUUACUACGGUACUAAACAAUACAGCUUCAACGACAGGGUUCUACCACAGAGCAACUCUCGACUAUGAUGGAGUGUUGAGGUACUAUGUCUACCCUAAAAGCACUAAUUCAAGUGGAGUGUGGCUUAAGGCUUGGUCCACUUUGUCCAUCAUACCUUCAAACAUCUGUGUGAGCAUUUCACAAGAUAAAGGCGGUGGUGCAUGUGGUUUCAACGGCUUAUGUCAACAUGACCAAGGGCCAAGUUGCCAGUGCCCAGUUGGUUAUAGCUUCAUUGAUCCUAAUGAUGAGCUCAGAGGAUGCAAGCAGAACUUCGUGCAACAAAGCUGUGAUGGGACCUCACCAGAGACUGAUCUUUUCUAUUUCGAAGAGAUGCAAAACACAGCAUGGCCUCAAUCUGAUUAUGAGAAGUUUACGCCGGUAACUGAGGAUUGGUGCAGGCAGACUUGCCUAGCUGAUUGUUUCUGUGCAGUAGCUAAUUUCAGAAACGGGGACUGCUGGAUCAAGUCAAUACCUCUUCGCAACGGAAGGAUUGACCCCAGUAAUGGUGCAAAAGCUCUAAUCAAAAUAAGGAGAGGUAAUUCUACUUUGAAACCUGAACAUGCACAUUCAAGAAGGAAAAAUCGUUCAACUCUGAUCCUUGUCGGAUCAGUGCUCCUGAGUAGCUCAGGGUUUCUAAACUUUCUCCUAGUACUGAUAACUUAUAUGGUUGUUUCUGGUUUCUAUUUUAAGAAAGGAAAGGUGGUUCAACCAUACUCAGUCAUACCAGGGAUGAACCUAAUCUGUUUCACUUACGAGGAGCUAAAUAAGGCUACGAAUGGAUUUAAGGAAGAACUUGGUCGUGGUGCUUUUGCAACAGUUUUUAGAGGAGAUUUAGAGUCUGAUAAUGGGAGAUCUGUUGCUGUCAAAAGAUUGAACACUACGGUAAAAGAAAGUGAGUUGGAGUUCAAAGCUGAAUUGAGUGCAAUUGGCAGAACAAAUCACAGAAACUUGGUACAGCUAAUAGGAUUCUGCAACGAGGGGGAGCACCGAAUUCUUGUCUAUGAGUUCAUGAGCAACGGCUCUCUAGCAAGCUUCCUCUUUGGAGAGUCAAGGCCGAGCUGGCACCAAAGAAGGCAAAUUGCCUUGGGUACAGCAAGAGGGCUCUUGUAUUUGCAUGAGGAGUGCAGCAGCCAAAUCAUACAUUGUGACAUUAAGCCUCAAAAUGUUCUCCUAGAUGACUCUUUCAUUGCAAGGAUUUCUGACUUUGGAUUAGCCAAGCUGUUGAAGACGGACCAGACUCGAACUACUACUGGAAUCAGGGGAACUAAAGGGUAUGUGGCUCCUGAAUGGUUCAAAAAUAUGCCCAUCACAACUAAGGUCGAUGUUUACAGCUACGGGAUUUUGUUACUUGAGAUCAUUUGCUUGAGGAAGUAUUUUGAGGCAGAGGCAGAGGAUGAAGAUCAAAUGAUACUAGCUGACUGGGCAUAUGACUGCUAUGUGGAAAAGAAACUGCAUCUGCUAUUUGACAAUGAUGAUGAGGCAGUGCAUGAUAUCAAGAAUUUGGAGAAGUACUUGAUGAUCGCAUUCUGGUGCAUCCAGGAGGAUCCGUCACUGAGACCCACAACGAAGAAACUCACAUUGAUGCUGGAAGGAACUGUCGAAGUCUCAAUUCCACCAGAUCCAUCCUCAUUUACAAGUUCAAUAUUGUAA